AUGAAGCUUUGGGGCUUCUUAGUACCGGCUCUAGCUGGUCUAGCCGCCGCUGCAGAGUCAGAGAUCGAGGCCUACAUCCUACGAUCGCAACAAGCCGGAUCCGCAUCCUCGAUAUCGUCGUCUGCCGCUCAGACGAUCCUGCAACAGCGUGUAGGCUAUGCAAAGCAGCUGCCGGAGGAUAUCUCAGAGGAGGACAUUCAUCAAAUUGCACAAUAUGGCAUCAAGUCAUCGCAGCAUCUGUUCUCAGAUGCACCUGCCGAUGACCUGAGCUCCCUCGUUGUAGUCAUCAAGAACGCCGACGACGCCCAUGUGGCGGGAUUAAAGAAGGCCAUCUCGAGCUACGGCCCAUCAUUCACAGCACCUGGUCUUGAUAAGCUUCCAUCGAGCUAUUUGCCCAAGGUAUCGAAACAGUGUUCGCUCGAGGACACCAUCGCCCUCAAGAGCGGCUGCUGGCGUGGCAAGUCUGCCUACCUCGAAUACGACGCGGCCAAGGACAGCAAGGCUCUGAAGUCGCUCGCCUCUAGCAUCGGCAAGCUUCAGGGCAACACCUUGGAGACGGUCGUUGUCACUGUGCCCACGAGCAGCACUCCGAGCGAGCUCCGCCGGCGUCAACAGUCCGAGGCCGUCCUCAACAAGGAGUUCAAGAUCCAGACGACCUCGAGCGAGUCCGAAUCGGCAGCGACCAAGAAUGACGACCAAUCAUUCAACCCUCACCCCUUUGUCGCCAAGGUUGGCGCCAUUCCUGCCUGUUUCACCUCCAAGAACUCAUGCGAGACUGCUACCGCCAACUGCAGCGGUCACGGAAUCUGCCUCAACAAGUUCAAGUCUGACGCUGACUCGUCAUGCUACGCUUGCCACUGCCAGAAGACUCGUGAGAAGAAGGGGAGCGACAGUAUCUGGUACUGGGGUGGCGCUGCCUGCCAGAAGCAGGAUGUCAGCGUUCCCUUCUGGAUGUUUGUUGGCUUCACUAUUUUCAUGGUUGGAGCUGUUGCCUUCAGCAUCAGUCUCCUGUUCAAUGUCGGUGAGGAGAAGCUGCCCGGUGUCAUUGGCGCAGGUGUCUCUAGGGGCUCGAAAUAA